UGAGCUGUGUUUCGAUUUCUGGAUUCCUGACGACGCUGGACGUUCACAUAUAAUCACAACCAUUAUAACGACUCUCGACGAAUCCACCGACUUACACACACCCACCCCAUCCUCACAUCACGAUCAGUCUCCAACAUGCAGUUGUCAACAGUAUUUGUGGCUGUCUUGGCUGCAGCAGCUUCGGCCGCUCCCACCGCUCCCAAGGUCAUCAUCCACGACUCUCGGUCCGCCGUCGACUCGUUGGGGUCGCUGUCAAGCUACUUCAACACGCUCGCCGCCAAGGCCCAAGCUGCAAAGAUCGCGAACAAGUCUGCAGUGUGUGACUUGUCAAAAGCCAGCAUGCCCCUGGCUCCCAACGCCCUGCCCGUCCCAUCAGCGGGUUUGUCACUCCGACACGUCGCCGUCGGUCGCGGCACCCAGAACUACACCUGCGAUACUAGCAACCCGUCAUCGGCUCCCACUGCCGCCGGCGCCGUAGCCCAUCUAUUCAAUGCCAGCUGUGUCGCAGCCCUGUACCCCGACCUCCUGGAGCAAAUCCCCGGCAUGGCGGUGCACUUUGACAUCUCUGCGACCCAGCAGCUUGGCCCCAGUGGACUCCUCGAGUCCGGUGUACACUACUUCACCAACGCCACCACGCCCUUCUUCAACGUGCAGUCACAAGGAAAGGAGAUCGGUCAAGCGCCCUGCCAGAAGAACAGCACAUCGCCCGCUCCCUCAGGUGCCGCCGUUGGCCAGCAAGGCGAGGCCGCCGUGCCGUGGCUCCAGCUGACAACCCGAGACGGCGCCACCGGUGGCAUGAAGGAGGUGUACCGCCUGACGACAGCCGGAGGCAGCGCCCCAUCUACCUGCGAGGGCCAGUCCGAGACGUUCCAAGUCGAGUAUGCUGCAUUGUAAGUGAUAUCCCCACAAUCUCCCAGGAUUCGAAGCGAGCAGAAGCUAACGCGCGGUGAUCAGAUACUGGUUCUGGGCCGAAUAGGUCAAAAAUGACUGCCAUGUCAUUGGCACAACAUAAUGAGUGCUAGUGGCAUGGAUGGGAAGGAAGUUUCUUCGGGACUCGGCGUUAUAAUGGGUAUCCGGCAUAUCUCGCAGCAAGCUCACGUCUCCAUUGUGUUGUAAUAACGUCUAUAUCGUAUCAUCUGCUCCUCAGUU